UGCAGACACUGCACUAAAACCAGCCAACCAACCAAACAAGCAAGUGAAACCUCAAAUCUGAAAGGCUCAUCCUCCUCCCUUAUCCCCCAAAGCUGAGAUGUGUCACUGGUGAAGAGACCUGAGCCCAUUCUGGGAUGCUCAGCUAUAACAGAAGUGCUGCCACUGUCUGCUGGAGCAGGUUCUUAGACUCUUGUGGGCAGAAUUUAACAGAUGCUGGCAAGGGCACCUGCUUGCUGAAGCCACACUGCAAGUUUCCUUAAUACCAAGCCAUGAAUGUAUCCAGGGGCACUGAAUGGAAGACCCUGAACAUGAGCAAUGACAUCGUGAAUGUGUCUGAGCGCUACUCCUGCCCACUUGGAUUUGGUCACUAUAGUGCAGAGGAUGUCUGCAUCUUUGAGACAGUUGUUAUUGUCUUGCUGACAUUUCUAAUCAUCGCUGGGAAUUUAACAGUUAUCUUUGUCUUUCACUGUGCUCCACUGUUACAUCAUUAUACGACCAGCUACUUCAUACAGACAAUGGCGUAUGCUGAUCUCUUUGUUGGAGUUACCUGCUUGGUUCCUACUCUGUCCCUUCUGCACUACUCCACAGGUGUCCACGAGUCAUUGACUUGCCAGGUUUUUGGAUAUAUCAUCUCGGUUCUGAAAAGCGUGUCUAUGGCAUGUCUUGCGUGCAUUAGUGUGGAUCGCUAUCUUGCAAUAACCAAACCUCUGUCCUACAAUCAACUGGUCACCCCUUGUCGCCUGAGAAUUUGCAUUGUUUUGAUCUGGAUCUACUCCUGCCUAAUUUUCUUGCCUUCCUUUUUUGGCUGGGGGAAACCUGGUUACCACGGUGACAUUUUUGAAUGGUGUGCCACCUCUUGGCUCACCAGUGCCUAUUUUACGUGCUUUAUUGUUUGUUUACUUUAUGCUCCUGCUGCCUUGGUUGUCUGCUUCACUUACUUCCACAUUUUCAAAAUUUGCCGGCAGCACACCAAAGAAAUAAAUGACAGAAGGGCUCGAUUCCCUAGCCAUGAGGUAGAUGCUUCUAGAGAGGCAGGACAUAGCCCAGAUCGUCGCUAUGCCAUGGUUUUAUUUAGGAUAACUAGUGUAUUUUACAUGCUAUGGCUCCCGUAUAUUAUUUACUUUCUUCUAGAAAGUUCUCGUGUCUUGGACAAUCCAACACUAUCUUUCUUAACCACCUGGCUUGCUAUAAGUAAUAGUUUUUGUAACUGUGUAAUAUACAGCCUCUCGAACAGUGUUUUCCGGCUAGGCCUGAGAAGGCUUUCUGAGACAAUGUGCACAUCUUGCAUGUGUGUGAAGGAUCAGGAAGCACGAGACCCCAAACCUAGGAAGCGGGCAAAUUCCUGUUCCAUUUGAAGAGAACUUGUGUCAUAAAUCUAA